AUGGCACCGUUCGAGGCGUUGUAUGGUCGUCCUUGUAGGUCACCUGUUUGUUGGUUGGAACCGGAGGAUAGACUUACAACUGGACCGGAUGUCAUUCAAGAGAAUGACGAGAAGAUAGCUGUGAUUCGAGAACGCCUGUUGUCAGCUCAAAGUCGACAGAAGAGCUAUGCUGACAGAAGGCGUAGGCCUUUGGAAUUCCAAGAAGGUGACUUUGUUCUGUUGAAGGUUUCCCCACGUAAAGGAGUUACUCGGUUUGGUGUGAAAGGGAAGCUUGCGCCAAGGUAUAUUGGACCAUUCCCGAUCGUGCAGCGAGUCGGUAUUGUGGCGUAUCGUCUUGCCCUGCCGCCUGAAUUAUCUCAUGUUUUGCAAAAGCUAGAACAGUAUCUACCAUUGUUGGAAAAUUUGAUUUUCCAUGUCAAUUUGGUUAGCAGCAACCGCCAAAUAAGUCAAUGGACGGCAAAUCUUAAGAUACAAUGGAGCAGUGCUCUUUGCUCAUCCUCUUUUUUUAAUCUCAGGAGUCCAAAAUUCUUUCAAAUCGGUGACUUGAAGUUUGAGCUUCAAAUGAUGCUUUUCCUUUAUGGGGCAAUACUUCGGCAAAGGGCGGUGGAAAUUUUGCCAGAAAACCUGGUGCAAUCUGCCACCCUUUUUAGAGAAGCUGCCGGACUUUAUCGUCACCUUGCUGAUGAGAGUUUUGCUUCUUUACAACAACAUUCUUUGCUUGUUGAAAAGCCACCAGAAAUUCUCCCAUCCGUUUCCACAGUCAUGAACCUCAUUUGUUUGGCCGAGGCACAGGCAGUUACUAUAAGGCGGGCUGAAGAAAAAGGUACUAGUAUAAGUCUCUUGGCAAAGCUGCACCAUGGUGUCGCAGAGUUUCUUGAUGAAGCUGCAGUUAUUCUGUAUGCAGCAAUUGGAGAAUGCAAAGAUAUAUCUUCACGCUUUGUGGAAUUCUUAUCAUCUUCCAGGGCAUUACAUAGGUUGAGAGGUCAGAAAUACCAUGCAGAAAGUCUUAAGACCGCUGGAAAAGUUGGGAUUUCGAUUGCUGUUCUUCGAGUUGCACUGACUGAUGGGAAAAGGCAGAUGCCAGGCGAAGAAUCAUGGAAAUCAACAUAUAGAAAGGAAAUUGAUGAUACUGCUGAGUUGCUCAGGAAGAUUGAGCAUGAGAAUGGAUUUGUCUGGCGCGAAAAGGUGCCUUCCAAAGAAGAGUUGCCAUUGUGUGAGGGUAACAAAAUUGUGAGUUCUAUACCUUAUCAACCCAAAAGAUGGGAGAGAGAACUUGCUUUCAAGAUAUAAAUGUACAGCAAUUAUAAUGCACAUCUAUUGGUUCUGGAGAAGCAAAAUGUUGUCAGCUUUAUGAUCCCUCCUUUACUUGGGAAGUUCAAUUGAAUGUAUAGACCAAUAUUUUUGUGAUCUUGAACAUGAUUGAUUAUACCAAUUACAAAUUCUAAACUAUUACUAAAUUCAU